ACACACACACACAGAGUGAAAAAGGCGAGCCACCAAAACCCAUCUCCAGUCUCCUCCCGGGGGCCCCCAGCCCGCCACUGUGCCACUUUGCAUCCCACGCCAGAGGAGACAUUAACGAGACCGGGUAAGGCCUUUUAACCAGUUUGUGGUACAAAGAUACACGUCAGGAGGACCCUUAGGAGUCGUGGACAAGCCUCCCUGCAUGUGGCAGCAUUCCUCUUGCUGAUGACACGAUUCCUGUUUGAAUCAGUUUACAAGAUUCUGAAAGCUGAACAGGGAUUUGUGGUACUGUACUGGGAAAGAAAAAGCAUUGCAAGAAGUAGAUAAUAUCAAGGACACCAGGAGUGGGAGAGAUUGGACUGGAAGACUCAACAGGGUUCCUAAGGUGGAAACUAAAGCCUCAGGAUGUCUUCCAAGCGACCAGCCUCUCCGUAUGGGGAAGCAGAUGGAGAGGUAGCCAUGGUGACAAGCAGACAGAAAGUGGAAGAAGAGGAGAGUGACGGGCUCCCAGCCUUUCACCUUCCCUUGCAUGUGAGUUUUCCCAACAAGCCUCACUCUGAGGAAUUUCAGCCAGUUUCUCUGCUGACGCAAGAGACUUGUGGCCAUAGGACUCCCACUUCUCAGCACAAUACAAUGGAAGUUGAUGGCAAUAAAGUUAUGUCUUCAUUCGCUCCACACAACUCAUCUACCUCACCUCAGAAGGCAGAAGAAGGUGGGCGACAGAGUGGCGAAUCCUUGUCUAGCGCAGCCCUGGGGACUCCUGAGCGGCGCAAGGGCAGCUUGGCUGACGUUGUUGACACCUUGAAGCAGAGGAAAAUGGAGGAGCUCAUCAAAAAUGAACCAGAAGAAACCCCCAGUAUUGAAAAGCUACUCUCAAAGGACUGGAAAGACAAGCUUCUUGCAAUGGGAUCAGGGAACUUUGGCGAAAUAAAAGGGACUCCAGAAAGCCUAGCUGAGAAAGAGAGGCAGCUCAUGGGUAUGAUCAAUCAGCUGACAAGUCUGCGAGAGCAGCUGUUGGCUGCCCACGAUGAGCAGAAGAAACUGGCUGCAUCUCAGAUUGAGAAACAGCGCCAGCAAAUGGAGCUGGCUAAGCAGCAACAAGAGCAGAUUGCAAGACAACAGCAGCAACUCCUGCAGCAACAACACAAAAUCAAUUUGCUUCAGCAACAGAUCCAGCAGGUUCAAGGUCAGCUGCCGCCAUUAAUGAUCCCCGUAUUCCCUCCUGAUCAACGGACACUGGCUGCAGCUGCCCAACAAGGAUUCCUCCUCCCUCCAGGCUUCAGCUAUAAGGCUGGAUGUAGUGACCCUUACCCUGUUCAGCUGAUCCCAACUACCAUGGCAGCUGCUGCCGCAGCAACACCAGGCUUAGGCCCACUCCAACUGCAGCAGUUAUAUGCUGCCCAGCUAGCUGCAAUGCAGGUGUCUCCAGGAGGAAAGCUUCCAGGCAUACCCCAAGGCAACCUUGGUGCUGCUGUAUCUCCUACCAGCAUCCAUACAGACAAGAGCACAAACAGCCCGCCACCCAAAAGCAAGGAUGAAGUGGCACAGCCACUGAACCUAUCAGCCAAACCCAAGACCUCUGAUGGCAAAUCACCCACAUCACCCACCUCUCCCCAUAUGCCAGCUCUGAGAAUAAACAGUGGGGCAGGCCCCCUCAAAGCCUCUGUCCCAGCAGCAUUAGCUAGUCCUUCAGCCAGAGUUAGCACAAUAGGUUAUUUAAAUGACCAUGAUGCUGUCACCAAGGCCAUCCAAGAAGCACGGCAGAUGAAGGAGCAACUUCGGCGGGAACAACAGGUGCUUGAUGGGAAGGUGGCUGUUGUGAAUAGUCUAGGUCUCAAUAACUGCCGGACAGAAAAGGAAAAAACAACACUGGAAAGUCUGACUCAGCAACUGGCAGUUAAACAGAAUGAAGAAGGAAAAUUUAGCCAUGCAAUGAUGGAUUUCAAUAUGAGUGGAGAUUCUGAUGGAAGUGCUGGAGUUUCAGAGUCAAGAAUUUAUAGGGAAUCCAGGGGGCGUGGUAGCAAUGAACCCCACAUAAAGCGUCCAAUGAAUGCCUUCAUGGUAUGGGCUAAAGAUGAGCGGAGGAAAAUUCUUCAAGCCUUUCCUGACAUGCACAACUCCAACAUCAGCAAGAUACUGGGAUCUCGCUGGAAAGCUAUGACAAACCUAGAGAAACAGCCAUAUUAUGAGGAGCAAGCCCGUCUCAGCAAGCAGCACCUGGAGAAGUACCCUGACUACAAGUACAAGCCCAGGCCAAAGCGCACCUGCCUUGUAGAUGGCAAAAAGCUGCGCAUUGGAGAAUACAAGGCGAUAAUGAGGAACCGGCGACAGGAAAUGCGGCAAUACUUCAAUGUUGGGCAACAAGCACAGAUCCCCAUCGCCACCGCGGGUGUUGUGUACCCUGGAGCCAUCGCCAUGGCUGGGAUGCCCUCCCCUCACCUGCCCUCGGAGCACUCGAGUGUGUCCAGCAGCCCAGAGCCUGGGAUGCCUGUUAUCCAGAGCACUUACGGUGUGAAAGGAGAGGAGCCACAUAUCAAAGAAGAGAUACAGGCUGAGGACAUCAAUGGAGAAAUUUAUGAUGAGUACGAUGAGGAUGAGGAUGAUCCCGAUGUAGAUUAUGGGAGUGACAGUGAAAACCAUAUUGCAGGACAAGCCAACUGAUAAGGGUCAAAAGAUGGUUGUGACCUUAGGACUUAAAGAAGCCCUAGCUGGUUCAUCCUUACCAGUGGCCAAGCACAUUAACUUUCUCAUACACUGACUGUUACUUUAACUGUUAGUCUUAAAUAGUUGGGACAUCAGCUGACUAAUAGACCUCAGCCUCAAAAGGCUUGGAAAGGAAAAAAAAAAAAACACAACAAGCAAACAACAAUAUCAACAACAAGAGAUUGAAAUAAGCUAUGGGUAAAAAUAAUGCCAGUAAUUCAGCUGCUACAUCCAAGCACUGAAGUCUUACCCGUCAACUUUUUUUUUUUUUUUAAUAAACUUUAUGGCUGUUUGUUCUACAAUGUUCUAGAAAUUCUCACUCAGGUACACAGUGCCAACAAGUGGCUUGUGAAUGUGUUUUGUUGUUUUGUGCUACAAUUUUUAAAAAGAAAUUAAGUUUUGUUUUGUUUUUUGGGGGGUUUCUGGGUUUUUUCCUUUUUCUUUCCUUUCCUUAUUAUUGUUAUUAUUUUUGGUUGUUGUUGUAAUGCACCUGACAGAAAAAAAAAAAGAAAGAUGAAUUUCUCUUUAUUUCUCUCCACCUUCUCCAUCUCUAUACUUUAAAGAUGGAAGUCUGUGCAUGGGGGGAAGAGGGAAAAAGAGCCUGUUUUUAACUUCCUUGCUAUCUACCACAAAUACAUAAUUAUUUUCUUUA